CUCCGUCCUGCAGCAGUCAGAGGGAGAAAGAUGGCGGCGGCCCAGUCGGACAGAGACGCUCCGUCCGCGCUCAGCGAAGACCUGCUCAGCUUCUCCGCCAGGGACGCCGCGCAGCGGUGGCUGGUGGCGUCUGACCUGCAGCAGGAGGUGUACGGCCACCUGGCGGCGUAUGUUCCCAGAAUGCUUUGCGUGGGUCCGAGCGGCGGCAGCAGCAGGGAGGAGCAGCGGGAGGAGCAGAGGGAGGAGCUGGCCUGUCAGCUGCUCCUCCUCGCUCCUCUGGAGUGGCUCCUGCUGGGGGAGGAGCCAGCCGCCGGCCUGGCUCACCUGCAGGAGAACAACCAGCCGUCUCCUCUGUGUGGUCACGUGUUCAAGGUGGGAGAGCCCACCUACUCCUGCAGGGAGUGUGCGGCCGACCCGACCUGUGUUCUCUGCAUGCAGUGUUUCCUGGGCAGCGUUCACAAAGAGCACCGAUACAGAAUGACCACAUCAGGAGGGGGGGGGUUCUGUGACUGUGGAGACGCUGAAGCCUGGAAGAAAAGUCCUCACUGUCAGAAACACACAGAGACAGCCAGCAGAGACUCUGAGGAGGACCCUGUCUCUCUGCUGCCUGCUGACCUGGUGUCUCGUAGUUUCCGUAUCUUCUCCAUCCUGCUGAGGUACGCCGUGGACAUGUUGACCUGGAACCAGGAGGACACGCUGCCAGCAGGACUAGAGCCCCCGGAGCGGGCUGACACCUAUUACUGCAUGCUGUUUAACGAUGAGGUUCACACCUAUGAGCAGGUGAUCUACACGCUGCAGAAAGCCGUCAGCUGCAGCCAGAAGGAAGCUGUGAGCUUCGCCACCACCGUCGACCGAGACGGCAGGAAGUCGGUUCGAUACGGAGACUUCCAGUUCUGUGAUCAGGCCAAGUCUGUCAUCGUGAGGAACACGAGUCGCCAGUCGAAGCCUCUGCGGGUCCAGGUCAUGCACUCGUCGGUGGUGGCUCAUCAGUGUUUUGCUCUGAAGGCUCUCAGCUGGUUGGGACAGAUCAUUCAGUACUCCGACGGGCUGAGGAGGAUCCUGUGUCAGGUCGGCCUGCAGCCAGAAGACGGAGAAUACUCCUCGCUGGUGGACAAACUGAUGCUCAACGACUCCAAGAUGUGGAAAGGAGCGAGGAACAUCUACCACCAGCUGCUGAUGAACAGUCUCCUCAUGGAUCUCAAAUACAAGAAGAUCUUUGCCAUCCAGUUUGCCAAGAACUACAGACGUCUCCAGACAGACUUCAUGGAGGACGACCACGAGAGAGUGGUGUCGGUGACAUCACUGUCUGUUCAGCUGUUCACCGUCCCCACCAUGGCCCGGAUGCUGAUGGUGGAGGAGAACCUGAUGACAACCAUCAUCAGGACUUUUGUGGACCACCUCCGUCACAGAGACCUGCAGGGACGCUUCCAGUUCGACCGCUACACCGCCCAGCAGGCCUUCAAGUUCGGACGGGUCCAGAGCCUCAUCGGAGACCUCAAAUACGUCCUGAUCAGUCGUCCCUCUGAGUGGAGCGAUCAGCUCAGAAUAAAGUUUCUAGAAGGACUGGACGCUUUCCUGGAGCUGCUCAAGUGUAUGCAGGGUAUGGACCCAGUGGUGAGACAGGUGGGUCAGCAUAUAGAGAUGGAGCCAGAGUGGGAGGCAGCGUUCACUCUGCAGAUGAAGCUGACUCACAUCAUCUCCAUGAUCCAGGAGUGGAGCUCUACUGACGAGCAGGUUCUCAUAGAAUCCUACAGGAAGUGUCUGAGCGCGCUCAGUCACUGCCACAGCGGGCUCCCAGACGGCGAGCAGCCGAUCAGCUUGAGUCUGGCGGGUCACAGCGUGGAGACGUUCAGGUACCAGGUGUCUCAGGACAAGGUGUCCAUACACCUGCCGCUCUGCAGGCUGCUGGCAGGUCUCCAUGUCCUCCUCUCCAGGACAGACGUAGCGUCUCGCUUCCCAGAGCAGCUUCCUCUGGGGGAACUCAGCCCCCCCCUCCUGAUUGAACUCCCCCUCCGUUGCCUGGUGCUCUGUGCCCAGGUGCAUGCUGGGAUGUGGAGGAGGAACGGCUUCUCGCUGAUCAACCAGAUUUAUUAUUAUCACAACGUGAAGUGUCGAGUGGAGAUGUUUGAUAAGGACAUCAUCAUGCUGCAGGCCGGGGCGUCCAUGAUGGAUCCAAACCACUUCCUGAUGAUCGUUCUCAGUCGAUUUGAACUUUUUCACAUCUUCAGCUCGGCAGACUGCAGGAAGAGAUACAGCGAGGCCAACAAGGACGUGGUCCAGCAGAACAACACUCUGAUCGAGGAGAUGCUCCACCUGGUCAUCAUGGUCAUCGGUGAGCGCUACUCCUCAGGUGUGGGGCAGGUGGAGCCCUUUGAUGAGGUCAGAAGAGAAAUAAUCCACCAGCUGUCAAUCAGACCGAUGGCUCACAGCGAGCUGGUGAAGGCUCUGCCCGAGAACGGGAACAAGGAGACAGGUCUUGAGAGAGUAAUUGACAGCGUCGCUUCAUUCAAGAAGCCAGGUGUGACGGGGCGGGGCCUGUAUGAGCUUCGUCCUGAGUGGAACAAACACUUCAACCUCUACUUCCAUCACUACAGCAGAGCCGACCAGUCCAAGGCUGAAGAGGCUCAGAGGAAGCUGAGGAGACAGAACGGAGAGGACACAGCCCUGCCCCCCCCGGUGCCCCCCCCCCUCUGUCCCCUGUUCGGUAGCCUGGUGAACCUGUUGCAGAGUGACGUCCUGCUGGCUGUAGAGGGCGCCGUGCUGCAGUGGGCCGUGGAGCCCAGCGGGGGGGGCUGGACCGAGUCCAUGCUGCAGAGGGUGCUCCACCUGGUGGGCGUGGCUCUGCUGGAGGAGCAGCAGCAGCUGGAGAAUAGCAGCGGAGACGAGGACGUCACCUUCAACUACACCUGCAAGAUCACACGUCCAGGUGAGGCUCCCAGUACUUCAGGAAGUGUCCUGGCUCUGUUGGAGAGUCUCCAGAACGCUCCUCACCUGGAGGUCCACAAAGACAUGAUCACCUGGAUCCUCAAGAUGGUCGCGAACAUCAAAACGAUGCGAGAACGAACGUCGUGCAGCUCCUCCGUCACCGUCAGCCAGGGACACGGACCGGAGGAGACGGUCAGAGACAAAGACAAGGCGGAGAGGAAGAGGAAGGCGGAGAUGGCUCGCCUCCGCAGGGAGAAGAUCAUGGCUCAGAUGUCUGAGAUGCAGAAACAUUUCAUCAACGAGAACAAAGAACUCUUCCAGCAGAGUCUGGAGGAGCUGGAGGCCUCAACGUCUGCUGCUGAGAGCAGUCCUCCCAGUUCAGAGUCCACCUGUGUGGUCCAGGUGUGCGUGGGUCCCAGGAGGCGGGGCGGGGCCGAGCGCCGGCAGCUGGUCACCUGUAUCCUGUGUCAGGAGGAGCAGGAGGUCAGAGGUCACGGCAGAGCCAUGGUCCUGGCGGCGUUCGUCCAGAGGUCGACGGUUCUGUCUAAAAACCGCCGACGCAACCUCCCGGAUCCAGAGCAUCACGACCCUCUGUUCAUGCACCCCGACCUCUCUCUGGGCAUCCACACCGCCAGCUGUGGACACAUCAUGCACGCCACCUGCUGGCAGAGGUACUUCGAGGCGGUGCAGCUGAAGGAGCAGAGGCGUCAGCAGCGUCUCAGAGGUCACACCAGCUACGACGUAGAAAACGGAGAGUUCCUCUGUCCGCUCUGUGAAUGUCUCAGCAACACCGUCAUCCCCCUGCUGCCUCACACACACUCACCUGACCACAGUGUCGAUCAUCCCAGUCUGGAGGCGUGGCUUAAAGUGACCAGUCAGCAGGUAGCAGCACUAAGCUCCGCCCACAGGAAGCAGUCUGACGGUGUAUCAGAGGGGGCGGAGCCUGCUGUUCCUGAAGGGUUUAGAGUGGACUUCACCCCACAGUGUCCGUUCUCCAGCAGCGUCACAGAGAUGAUCACCACCUUCAGCAUGCUCACCUACAAGGUGGGACUGAAGGUGAACCCCAACGAGCAGGACCCCCGAGUCCCCGUGCUGAGCUGGUCCACCUGCGCCUACACCAUCCAGAGCAUAGAGCGCCUCCUGAUGGACGAGGAGAAGCCGUUGUUUGGGAGUUUACCUUGCCGACAGGACGACUGUCUCAGCUCUCUCACCAGAUUCUCUUCAGCCUGUUGGACAGCAGCAACACCAACAACCGUCCACACACACUUCAUCAGACUGCUGGCAGCCCUGGUUCCAGACUCUCAGGUAGAAAACACUCCCUGUAUCCUCGACAUCGACAUGUUUCACCUGCUGGUGUACAGUGUGUUGUCCUACAGCUCAGUUUACAGUUUGGACCAAUCAGGACGGAGAGUGGUGGAUUCGGCUCACCUGCAUCUACUUCACCUGGUCACUGUGGCUCACCUGGUCCAGAUCCUGCUCACCUCCACCACAGAGGAGGUGUGUAUGGAUCAGGACAGUGUGGGAUCAGAGGAGGAGGAGCUCACCUGUCAGCUCUACAACACACUGAGGAAACACCUGGGCAGUGUGUUACCUGAGGUGACGUCUGGCUGGCAGCUGUUCCGGUGUGUGAAGGUUGGCGUCCUGCCGUUCCUCCGAGCCGCCGCCCUCUUCUUCCACUACCUGAACUCUACAGCGCCACCUGCUGACCUGCUGGUUCCAGGUCCUGGCCAGUGGGAGGCGCUGCUCAGCUACCUCAGUCUGCCCUCCAACCUGCUGACGCUGCAACAACACACACUGCUGGAGCCGCUCAUACACAGCUGGUGUCAUCAUCCAGGUGUGUUAGAGUCUCUUCGGGGGGGCGGAGUCAUCGUCAGGUUCCCCAGAGAGUCCAACCGUCUCAUCGAGCUGCCAGAAGACUACAGCGUCCUCAUAAACCAGGCGUCCUGCUUCACGUGUCCCCGGUCGGGCGGGGACAAGUCUCGGGCGCCCACGCUGUGCCUGGUGUGCGGCGUGCUGCUGUGCUCUCAGAGCUACUGCUGCCAGGUGGAGGUGGACGGGGAGGACGUGGGCGCCUGCACCGCACACACCUUCACCUGCGGAGCCGGCCUCGGACUCUUCCUCAGGGUCAGAGAGAGCCAGGUGUUGUUUGUUGCAGGUAAAACUAAGGGCUGUUUCUAUCCUCCACCGUACCUGGACGACUACGGAGAGACGGACCAGGGCCUCAAGCGGGGGAACCCUCUACAUCUGUGUUCGGAGCGCUACAGGAAGAUCGAGCGUCUGUGGCGCCAGCAUGGCGUGGCGGAGGUCAUAGGUCACGCUCAGGAGGCCAAUCAGACGCUGGUCGCCAUCGACUGGCAGCACCUCUGAUUGGCUCCCACUGGCCCCGCCCUCUUCCUUUUAACCAAUCAGCUUCCUGCAGCCCGGAAAAGUUUGUUUUAGGUUGUUUUUUUUUCUUCAUUAAUAAAGUUUUUCCUGAACUUUUUUAGUUUUUAUUAUUUUAUUCUGUGAACCAAAGCUAAGCCCCGCCCCCUUCCUGCUGCCGCCGCCACUCACAGCUCGCCAUCAUCAGGCAGGGUGCAUGAUGGGAAAUCUGCCUGGUUUCAGUCGACGACUACGACUCCCAGGGUGCAUUUCACCGGCAAAACAGCCAAUCACAGAGCUUUAAGACGCUAACAGCAAGCUAACGCUAACGUGGCUGGCCGCAGCAGCAGAGGAUCAUGGGUAAUGUAGUUGAUAAAAACAGGAAUAUUAAUUAGUAAUAAAUCUUCUUUGUGUCUUAUUGGAGAGUAUUGAUCAGUUUUACAACAUAUCAGAACAUAUCAUUGAUUAGGAAAAGGAUGACAUCACAUCCUGUUUUAUCUUUUUAUUUAAAGAUGUUUGUUGGUUUUGUUUUGGAGAGCUGUGUGAUGUCACUUCCUGUUCGUGACUUCGACUUUUUUCUUCUCAUUUUGACCUUUUUUGUUCUCACUUCGACUUUUUUUGUAAUUUAGGUUUUUUUUUCGUGACUUCAACUUUUUUCUCAUUUUGAAUUUUUUUUCUCAUUUUGAAUUUUUUUUUCUCAUUUUGAAUUUUUUUCACUUCCUGUUGGAUGUCUUUUUUUUUUGUGCUGACGAAGCGAAACAGAAACUUCAUUUAUUUAUUUAUUUAUGAGUUUGUUUAUCAGAGAUCAAUAAAAGGUUUCCAGCAUGUCGCCUCAUUUAUCACGUCGACUUGUUAAUAUGUGAAUUAUUGUAUAAACGACUAAAUGUACAAUAUUGUAUAAGAAUAACAAAAACAAUAAAAACUUUAAAAUCA